UGGAAUGUUGCCACAGCCAAACUGUUGCCCCAAGGAUUCCAUCCCAGGGUGCCCAGGUGACCUGGGGUCUGUUAAGACAGUUGAUGGAUCCUCUGCCGGGAAGCAGAUGCAAAGUGUCCAUCUCCUCUGUGUAGUGUACAUCUUCUCCAUCCCUGGUGGGAGCAGAAGGUGAUUUGCUGACAUUUACGAGGAAAACUCUUGGCUGACUACACAGGUUUGGAAGAGCAUCAUUCUCUGAGCCCUAGAAGUCAGGGUUUUGUAGCAAUAUACUACCUAAAGGAAUCUAAGGGAUCAAUCGCUGCAGCUUCUCUGACAUCCUUCUCUGAUGCCUGUCCCACUUACUCUUCCAGUGGUUUUAGGUCAUGAAACACCAUGAGCACAAAUCGGCGAAAGCACUGUGGAGAAGCAGGGGAUUCUAGUCAAGCCCAGAAAUGGAGCAGGCUGCUGGCUCCUAGCACUGGUGGAGCUCCAGAGCCAGAACCAGUAGACUUCGAGGAAAGUGGUACACUUUCUUUUGAGCUUGCUGGUGAGGAAUUCCUAAGUGUCACAGCUGAUUCUCCUGACUCUGAAGAAAUCAAUCUAACUGGCAAUGAUUCUGGCAGUAUUGUGCAGUGGGAGCAGAACCAGCAGCACCCACUUUCCAGAGCAGCAGAUAAUUCAGUCCUGCUACUGGCUAGUGAUGAUGACGUGGAACCACGAGAUAGUGAUGGUGCAUGGGCAUCAGGUACUCUUAGUUCUCCAAACUGGAUGGAUGAGUACUUAGAGUGGGAGCAGAACCAGGAGUACCCACUUCUCUCCAUACCAGCGGAUGAUUCAGUUGCACUACUGGCCAGUGAUGAUGAUGAAGAACUGAGAGAUGAUGAUGAUGAUGGGCUCUUUCAUCCUCUACCAAGUGUGCUUUACAAGGAUUGCUUCUUAUGGCAGCUGGAGCAAAACCAGCAGCACCCACUUGUUUCCAGAGCAGAUGAUAAUUCAGUCCUGCUACUGGCUAGUGAUGAAGAGGAAGGAAGAAAUAACAAUAGUGCAUGGGCAUCAGGUACUCUUAGUUCUCCAAACUGGAUGGAUGAGUACUUAGAGUUUAUUGAAGAGCGUGAUCAACAAGGAAGCCAGCUGCUGUUGGACAGCUCUGUACUGAGUGAUGAUGAUGAAGAUGAAGCAGCAGAUAAUGAUGUGUCUGUGACUGAUUCAGCAUCUGAAGAAAGGGAUUCAUCAGAAGAUGAAACUGGAAGUUCAGAUGCUUGGCCAGCAGGUACUAUCAGGUGCCCAAUCUGCAUGGAUUUUUACCCACAGAUUGUGCAAAGUGGACGACUGAUUUUGUCAACACUGUGUGGUCAUGUCUUCUGCAGUCAGUGCCUCCCUUUUGCCCUUCAGACUGCCUGCUUUUGCCCAACCUGCAGGACAGAUCUCACUCCAGGACAGUACCAUCCCAUUUAUAUAUAAGUACUUCUAUUUUUCAAGACAGUCUCAGAUGGAUUUGGGGGAUAGGUGGUAUAAUGAGGUUUUUUUCAUAUGUAUAUGCUUUUUGUUGCAUAAAGUUUCAUUUUCUCUGAAUUUAAUGAUAAAUAUUUUUUAAAUUUAUUUAAAUAUGAUCAAGUCUGCUCAUCUAUGUUGGAUUCUGCUGGUAGACAGAGAUUUCUUUUAACAGGUGGAAAUAAAACCCUUGGUUUGAUCAGUCAGAA